UGAAGGUGGGGGACCGGUAGCAGCCAUCUUGGAUUUUCCAAGGCAAAUCAGGAAGUGGGCAGAGACGGGAUUUUCUAAUCGAAUAAAACUGUUUUGUGCUCCACCCCUUGCUUUAGCCAAAAACGAACGCGAUUCUCUGACACAAUGGAUGAAGAAUAUGACGCUAUCAUUUUGGGUACUGGGCUGAAGGAAUGUGUCAUCAGUGGCCUGCUGUCUGUGGCUGGGAAGAAGGUGCUUCACAUGGACAGAAACUCCUACUAUGGUGGCGAUAGUGCAUCAAUUACACCUCUUUCAGAAAUGUUUAAAAGAUACGGGAGGGGGGAUGAACUCAGCGAAGAAAAAAACUACGGAAAAGACAAUAGCUGGAACGUGGACCUCAUCCCAAAGCUCAUCAUGGCAAAUGGAGAGCUGGUGAGAAUGUUGGUACUCUCUGGGGUGACAAGAUACCUGGAGUUUAAAACCAUUGAAAGCAGUUAUGUUUUCUACAACGGCAAAAUUUCCAAGCUUCCUGCAACUGACGCGGAGGCACUCAAAACUGAACUGGUCAGCUUUUUCGCCAAAAAGCGGUUUGGCAACCUCGUCAAGAACAUAAUGCAUUCCACAGAGGAUGGGGCUAUUGCAGAAAAGGGCUACGUCAAGGGCAUGACCACGGAAGAUAUGAUCAAGCUCUUCGAUAUCUCAAACGUAAAGGAUGUCAUCGGGCACGCCAUUGCGCUGCAUCUUGAUGACGAUUAUUUGCAGCAGCCUUGCGAGGAAACAGUGAAGCGACUAAAGCUGUACUUCGAUUCCGUGGCAAAAUACGGGAAGAGCCCGUACCUGUACCCAUUGUAUGGCCUGGGGGAACUGCCACAAGGAUUUGCCAGGUUGAGUGCCAUCUAUGGGGGAACCUACAUGCUGAACAAGCCCAUUGAGGAGGUUGUGAUGGAGGACGGCAAGGUGGUGGGUGUCAAGUCGCAGGGGGAGACCGCUCGCACUAAGCUGGUGGUGGGAGACCCCUCUUACUUCCCGGACCUGGUCAAGCAAACUGGCGAGGUGGUGCGGGCCAUCUGCAUACUAGAUCACCCAGUCUGCACAAAGAAGGGCAGUCCUGUAGGCGUAUCCACGCAAAUCAUCUUCCCUUGCAGUCAGGUGGCGGGACGAAAAUCAGAUAUAUAUGUCUGCUGCGUGUCCUUUGCUCACAACGUGGCCUCCAAGGGUCACUACGUGGCCAUCGCCUCCUGCAAGGUAGAGACUGACGAUCCUAUCAAAGAGCUGGACAUUGCGCUAGAGGUCCUGAAACCUAUCAAGGCUCAGUUCAACUCGGUGGACAAAAUCUAUGAGCCCAUCAAUGACGGCACAGAAAACAAUGUUUUCAUCACCACAUCGUACGAUGCCACUACUCAUUUCGAGUCUACCUGCGCCAACAUCCACGACGUUUACAAGAGGGUGACGGGUCAACCAAUGGACUUCUCCAAAGUCAAAGUGGACUUGGAAGUCGAAAAUUAACACCCAUGCCAUAUAGAGACCAACCCAUUCCAUCGGAGGAGUUCACUGCAUGUAGGACAUUAAUGUUGUAGUAGCCCUGUAUAUUCCCACUCUCUCCCUCCCCCUCAUGAUCCGUGUUGCUGGCCAGUUUCUAUGUUACAAAUCAUGUGUGGCUUGCACCCGAUUUCAUGGAACUCUUGGUAACUUACGAUGCAUCGCAGCACUGCGACGCGUCGUAUCCCUACGAUGCAAUUCAUUUCACAAAAGACCUCGUUAGUGCGAAGCGUCGUAGGUGUAUUUAUAGUACAACACGGUGACUGUUAUAUGUAUUUAUGCAACGUACAGUAAAUAGUCGUCUGAUAUUCAGCAAAGAGUUGUUGGAUAAAACAAAAUGGCCGACGUACGAUGCAGCUUUGUUAAAGGAAAACAAGCCCGCGAUGGACUGUAUAGCUACUUUCAAAUUUAAACUGCAACAUUUCAUGCCGAUUCAAAUUUCCUUCAAUGCAUUUUCCAUUUACUACUUCACACUGAUUGUCUCGGUACUAUAGUCUCGUUUAUGUAAUGUUUAUGGCAUAAAACUGGCUAAGAAAAGGACGCUUCUUAUUUUGCGAUGACCACUAGACACGUCAUAACUUGGGACGUGUUUUAAGCCGGUGUAAAGGAACUGACGACGCGUUUAACACAUCGUAACUUUUGUGAAAUGGAUCAUACAACGCAUUGCAAGUUGCGUCGCAACGCAUCUCAACACUUCGUGAAAUCGGGUGCAGAUAUCAUAAAGGAAGUUGGAGGCCCCAUACAAAUGUUGGUGGUGUUUCAAAUGGCCUUAAGUAUGUAUUAUCAGUAUGCAACAACUGUGAAGAUUUUUUAGGAAGAUUCUUUUGUUAAGGAAAAUAGUAGUCCUUUUUCCCGUUUCUUAAAAAGAAUCAAAUACUGAGGCAGUUGAGUGUCAUUUUGUGUCAAAAAAAUGUCAGAAACUGGAUAAACUCUUACCUUGGCAA